AUGAAUAAUUCUAAUGUUACCUAUUUGGAUGUACAUUCUUAUUUGAAACCUGCUUUUGCCAUUACUGUUUCAACUCUAACAACAGUAACAAAUGCAAUGAAUCUAAUAUUUCUAUGGCAAUUACAGGCGACAAUCGAUCGAAAUCAAAGAUUAUUAUUAAUAUUUCUAAGUGGUGCCGAUUUUGGUGUCGGUUUUUCAUGUAUGUUAUCAAUUGGAAAGAUUAUUGUUGGACAAUGGCCAUAUGGUAAAUUCUUUUGUGUAGCAACAGCUUAUAUUCGUCUAUGUUUUGUUUCAAUGUCUGAAUUAUUAUUAUUGGUUGUUAGUUUGAAUACAUAUUGGAAAUUUAUUCAAAGAAAACCAAUGAGUCGUGAUACAUUGUGGACAGCUAUUAUAUUAUGUUUAUUAUUAUCUUUAAUGUGCUGGUUGCCAGCAUUACACGGUCAUAUUCUAGGCGAAGUUAACGGUGAUUAUUUAUGUUCACAUGAGAAAAAUAGUGUAUUUAGUAGUAUUCAUAUGAUUUUAAUUAUAUUACCAACUGUCAUUGCAAUGACUUGGAUACAUUUAAAAAUAAUGUUAAAAACAUUAAAGAUACGUGGUAAUGCUCAAUCUCAUAAUCACAUUCGUCGACAUUCAUCAGCAAUUAUUUUACAAAAGAAAAGAUUAUUAAAAUAUCGUUCAUUAGCCAUUGUUACACGUUUAUUAACGGCAUUUUACAUAACAACAAUACCAUUUACUAGUACACAAUUUAUUGAUUCAUUAUGUUGUAGAAAAUUAUCAUUGAAUGCCAAGUUUUAUAUGAGAUGGCUUUUAUUUAGUAAUAGUACAAUUAAUUUUUUUAUCUAUUCCAUGGAGAUUAAUGAAUUUCGUUCAUUUAUUAAACAUAUUUUUCGAAUUCAAUCGCAAGUAAUAAAAACGACUGUUGAAAAAACCGAUGAUAUAUAUACAAUGAGCAUUGUUCACACAAUGAAUAAGGUAUUUGAAGAGAAUGAUAUUGACAAGGAUGAAUGGAUACCUGAUGAACAAUCUGUUGCAAAUGUUAACGAUAUUUAUUUGCAAAUGGUAACAGACGAUGCUGAAAGAAAUCAAAUUACUUAG